AUGGCGUCCGUCAAGCCGCCUUCUGCGGCGGGAACUGCCCGCGCCACCGCAAAUCCCGGAGCCGCAGAAACGGCGUCGGCUAGCCAAUACACGGAGUUUAAAGCCCAAACUUGGUACGACGUGCAGCGGAACGCGCCCGCUGGAAGCAGUAGUGAUCUCCGCGGCGGCGCAGGCGCGGGCGCGGGCGCAGGCGGAGCGGAAGGCCGAGCAGCGGCGGAGGGUUUUUCCGCGGAGGCAGUGCUCCGCCAGGCGGAGCAGCAGGCGGCGGAGCGCAGGCGCGGCGCAAGGCUGCGCGCCGCUCCCCCCGUGUAUUUCUUUCCGCGGAGAUCGUGGGGUGUGACUAUAGCGAAAUACGGCGCGGUUGUGGCAGCGGGAUUGGCGGCGGGAAUGGCGCUAGAGACGUGGAUUCGACAAAAAGUGGCAGAGGACGGUGGCUAUGUGAUGGGGAAGAAGGGAGCAGCAAAGCAUUAG